AUCACUCUCGUUCCUCUGUCCAUUUCGGUUUUCAUUUAGUAGUACUGCUAAUAUCUUCCGCGCUGCUCCUGCUCGGUCCAGUCGAUGGUGUGCCGCAGAGACCGUCUCUCUUCUUUGUCGUUCCGCUGCCAGCUCGAGGUAGCAAGGCCACUAAACCCGACGGAAUGUCCCACCAGCUGGCCAUGCCGUGUGUGUAGCUUUUGCCGUGAUCUUAAGAAAAAAAGUCAUUGCGUGCAUUCCCUGUAAAACCGUGUGCACCGAGAAGUUACCUCCAGCAGUGACAAGUUCGACGAUUGUGUCAAAGUGUCUACCUUCCGCUCUGCUCCAUCCGGAAGGCGAAGGAUGUUGAAAAUGUUUUCCAGUGCCUUCUAACGCACAGGCAUACACACGCACACCGACCCCAUCAGCCUGGUGUGGCGUUAUCGCCCGUCGUCAAUCGGCUUUAUCCGUUUCGGCAGCCCUACUUACUACUACCACCGCGAAGCCACCGCCAUCGAAUGCAAAUCGUCCACAGAAAAUCUCGCAACCACCAGUGGUCCAUCGACAUACGGCGACGCGGUUUGACGCGAUCUUGAGCACGGUGCCAUAUCGGUGACUUAGUGAGUGUCGGAGGCAAAUUCGCCAUUUACAUCUCGCCCGGAUGUGGCGCUAGUAGUGGCCAACGUCUCACUAAGAUUUACCAAGUUUUCGUGGCUACUACCACCUCCAAAAGGAAAGCAAAACAAACCAAACCAAGUGCAGCAUACCCUCCGUUACAGCAAGAUGUAAUUUUCCAGUUUGAAGCUCAGUCAUUUUUCCUCCCUGGCGUUCGGUGGAACAAGUGGAAAUGUGUUGGCGAAUGUGCGCGGCGCCUGUGAUUAAAGUGAUGUGAAAAGAAAAAGAAAAAAUAGCAAUAGUUUCUUACGUCUCUCUGCUGCCCAUUGUGUGAAAAGAAGAAAAAAGGGCAGCAGUAAGAAAAAAAGCUUCAACUUUCGGGUUCAUUUGCUUUUCCUUUGUAGUUUAUUUUAUGUUCGCCCAUUCGCUCCACUCCAUCCUUGGGCUUUCUGCAAUCUGUGCGUGUGUGUGUGUGUGAUUUUUUUUAAAUCAAGUUUCAUGUUUAUCGCCGUCCUCCCACCCAAUCGCUCCACAGCCUCCGUUGCUGCGGCAAAAUCUACUUCCAAUGAUCGAUGCAGUUCGCGGGAGCUGAAGGUGCGAACGAAGAGAAACUACUGAAGUUAAAAUAGAUAGUUCGGCGGUACAGGAAGGUUUUUGUCUGUGUGUGUGCUUCUCAUUUCUCGGCGGUGUUCUCAAACCCCCCAAAUCGUUGCGCCCAAGGGAAAUGUCUCAGGCCAACUCUUUUCAACCGUGGAAACAGUCUCUUCCAGUCGGGCUACCUUCGAACCUUACCUCCGCCAUCUUCGGAGGUAGCGCCGGUGCUGCGGCAGCAGUAGGCUAUGGAAAAGUACCAGCAGCCGUCCCGUCACCGCAGCAACCCGUCCCAUCGCCAUCGUCGUCCUCGUCUUCGUCGUCAUCAUCUUCGUCGUCGUCCUCGUCGUGCACCGUGUCGUCCUCCGUCAGCACCGCGAACAUUGUCCUACCGGGCGGAACGUUUCCGCUGCACCACCAAUCCAUGCUUACUACAACGUCCGCUUCCGGCGGUGCGGUAUCUUCCACCUCUUCCUCAAUCCCUGCUGCCGUUCUGAAUCCGGUGGGCGGUGCAGGUGGAGAUUAUCUCACUCAAAUGGCCAUCAACAAGUUGAAGCUGGGAAAGCUUAGUGCAAGCUACGAGUUGACGGCCACCAACGGAGGAGCGGUGGCCCAGACACCGCAUCAACCCGGGGCAGUCGUGGGUGGGAUGGGUAUAGACGAGCCACACCAGGAUGCCGAUAUCGAACGCGAUCCGGGUGUUGCCGCCAUGCGGGCGAUGCUGGCAGCCAACCCGGACCACUACAGCCCCCACGGUCCACUCGGAGGAGACAAAGAGCGCGAGCAACAGAUUCAAGAAAUGUUUGAAAACUCCGUCAGCGACAACACCAAGAAGCAAAUUGUGGAUAUUCUGGAAAAAAUUUCCAGCCUGCGACCACCCGAACGGUUGCUGUUGUACCUUCGCAUGCCCGGUGGAUAUCCUGAAACAGAUCCUUUGCGUCAGUCUCAGAAUCCGCUCGGAACACGACUCGAGAUCAAUCAUACGAUCAACUGGGUUCGAUCGCAUCUGGAGCACGACCCAAAUGUGUCAAUUCCGAAGCAAGAAGUCUACGACGAUUAUGUCGCCUACUGUGCUAGGAUCAACAUCAAGCCACUGUCGACGGCCGACUUUGGCAAGGUUAUGAAGCAGGUAUUUCCCGGCAUUCGUCCCCGGCGGCUGGGCACGAGAGGACAUUCCAGAUACUGCUACGCGGCCAUGCGCAAGGCAACGAAGCUGCCCACCCCAAAGCUUCCCGAUCUCAGUAAUGCGGGUGGCACGGGUGAGAAGCAGUGCGUCAACGAGGAACAAAGUUUCGGUGAUGAAGAAUCGUGGAAAGUGAUCAAGGUGUGGGCCGAAGCGAUGCUACCGGCCUGCUUCGGAUCGAUCAACGAGCUGGCCGGGUUUAUCGCGAAGAACAACCUGAACACACCGACCGGGAUCGCAAGCCGGCAGCAGCUGCACAAGAAGAUCCUUCAGCGUGAGAUGAAAGAAAAGCGUAAAAUGUCGGCGGUAGCGAUGAAGAAGCGGCGCAAGAAGCGAAGGAAGACACUCUCGAGCAGCGUUUGUGAUGCACCGGAACCACCACCAACACGUACAACGAGCACCCCUGACGACGGCGGUGGUGAGCCGAACGGCCAACCGAACGGUGCCGCAGGGCCAUUCGGCGCGAUCGAGGCUCAGCAAAGAACCGUAAGUACAAAGCUAGCGUCUGGCGUCGGUCCGCAGACGGUAGCGCCGACACCAAACAGUGCGCAUAGUGCGGGACUGCACAGUCAGCAGCUGCUGCUGCAGCAGCACAUGAUCAAACGGGAGCAGCAGGACUAUCUCGACGAGGACAACAAUAAUACGCCCGUCGCGAUGUCGACUGCCGGUGGCGCUGGUGGUAAGCUGAUGAUGUUGCAGCAAGGAGGACGUCAGCCGCAUCAGCAGCAGCCUAGUACAAAUCUGAACUGUGAUACUAGUGACGGUGUCUUGGAAUCGAUGAAGAAGGAUCUCUUGAUUACGUCAGCGAACAGUGCCCUCCUUCAGUCACCGUCACCAUCGAUGACCGGUCCGUCGGUCAUUGCGUACGCGAAUCACCCACCGCAAAUGCAGCAACAGCACCUGCAGCAGCAGCAUCAGCAGCAACUGAUGCACCAACGGCUCAUGGAGGGAGGUAUGCGCAGUCCGCAGGACCUGCUACCGUCGAACUUUAACUGCAAAAAGGUGCGUCAAGCGCAGCACCUGAAGGCCGUCCAACAGCAGCAGCAGCAGCGUCAUCAUCUGGAGCAUCAGCGGCAGCAUCCAGCGCUGAUGCACAAUCAACCACCGCUGUUCUUCCCCAAUCGACCCUCCAGUGGACAGAAACGUCCGCUGAACCAAAACAAUUCGUUCGCCGGGCGACAAAAGCGUCUGAAGCUGCUCCAGCAGCGCCAGCAGCAGUCACUCGAAGCACAGAACAACAGUGCGCCACGGUACGAUGAGCAGGGCAACCUGAUACUGAUCGAAUCGCAGGAUCCGAACCGGGACGAGUUUAUCAUACCGCGCGAACGGGUCAUCAGUAUUUGCAACAUGGACAAAAAUGCGCUCGACGGGUACCUAAACGACGAGGAGAAUUCGCAGGAUCAGGACCAGGAGUUGCUGAAAUACUUCCCGGAGGAUGACGGCGGUCACCAGCAGCCGGGUGGUGGGGCAAUGCAACAACUACAGCACCAAUUGCAACAACAACAGCAGCAACAGCACCAACAGCAACAGCAGCAACAACAACAGCAGCAGCAAAUGGAGUCUAUGGAUGGACGGGGAAGUGCGUCGAUGGAACACGACAGCUCGUCCACUGGCGGUUACGGUGCUUCCGGACUGUUUGACGAAAGUGAGAAGCUCUUCCAGAUACGGAUGAUUCUAGAGAAGAACCAGAAUAGCCAAAACCAGAAUGCGCAACAGAUGGCUGGCCCGAGCGCGUACGAGGCCAACAUGAACCAGAACCAGCAGGCAGGUGUAGGCCUGGCGCCCGGUUCGGCCGCGGCUUCAUUGGCGAUGCUCUCCCAGCGCCACAACACUCACACAACCGGGCCGACGGGAGAAGCCGUCAACGCGACCGGUUCCAACGCGCUGGGCAUCACCGGAACCGAUCAUCAAAAGACAAAGUUUGUCGGAAGCAUCGAGGGGACAGGAGGAGGAAACUACUCUAUGGGACAGCUGAAUGGGAUGGCAUUUAGCCAAGCGUUGCAAAGUCCAACGGUUCGGCGCAAAAAUUUAAACUUCGUUCCCAUAACGGAGGUGAGUACGAGAAUGGGACCGGGUGGCAAGCAACAACAACAGCAGCAACAGCAGUCUUCUAAUAGCAACAUUAAUCACACACCAACCGCAAGCCCCUUCGUGAGCCCGCGCAGUACCCCGAUCCACCGAAAGGCCAAUAAACUAUCGAACGGGUUGACACUGAAUCUUCAGCAACAUCAACAGCAACACUUUCAGCAGCAACUUCAACUGGCCGGUUCUUAUCAACAGCAGCAUCAGACACGCGGCUCGAUGGGUGGAGGGUACAUUAAAAACGAACUACCCGCGUCUGCCCCACCGAGUCCCUCGAUCAUUCAGCCGUACCGCUUUGGUGCCGGAAUUAAUGGGCUAAACUGUACCCUCCUCUCCUCAACGCCGAGCUCGUUCCAGCCGAUUUGUGCACCACACGGAAACCAACAUUCCGCUGGAGCAUUGUCCGGUGGUGGCGUUGGCGGAGGACCGAAUGGGCUGCUAUCCUCACUCGAAUCCCGCUCGAGCAGCGUCCCGCUGAUUCCCAACUACGAUGGUUACUGCAAUUCCAACUACACUUCCGUCUCCCAAACUCCGGUCCCCUCGGAAUUCGACGACUUUACCGACACCGGCCACAUCUUCGACAUGCUGAACGACCAAUCGUCCCAGCUGAACUCGUCGAUAAAGAUCGAGGAAGCGGAACUGUCCCUUCCGGAGCUGCUCGAACAGCACCAGCAGCAACAGCAGCAACAGCAACAACAGCAGCAGCAGCAGCAACAUCAGGAUGGUGGGUUUUUCCCUCGGGCAGCCAACUACAACAUCAUUUCCCGAUCGGUUCCAUCCACCCCAGUACCACACCACAUUGGUGUGGGUUUCGGUGGGAACUUUUCCACCACUUCUGCCACGGCCAGCUGCAUCGAAACCAACUCGAUUGGUACUGUAUCGUCGAGCGGAGGGCUGGGAAAGUCGAUGUUCGAGCUGCCCAAGUCGGUCCCUUCGACGCCGAUCGCUCUGAAUGAUGGCUGCCACGAGCAACUGUUCCAGUACAGUCCGGAGACAUCGCGCGACUUUCUGAUCAAUGGAAACUCGGUCGAUCGCAGCAAGUCCUCGUCGGGUUCGUUCUACUCGGGAGGCCCCGGCGGAUCGAACGUUUCCGGCGCUCCCGGCCAAACCGAUGGAACCGAUGCGAACGGAACCGUGACGGGGGGAGAGCAGCAUCAUCAUCACGUUGGUGUUGGCGCGGAGUUGCAUUCGGCCACCGAUGAUCCGAUCGCACCACCGACAGCCGCAAUUCCGAACCUUACCGACGGCAUCGAGGGACUCGCCAACGAUCUGGACAGUGUGACCGAUUCGAUGAUCGAUUCCGAGCUCCUGCAGAACCUGUAGAGUCGUCAUGAGCCCCAAAACAUGCCCGCCGGACGGGAUCAUCGGGCGUCAUCGUCGUCGUAUCUGGUGGAAGCGGCGUGGCGCUACAUUGUAGCCACAUUGUGUAUCGGGUAGUUUUAUUUGUUUGGUAAUUUAUUCACCACGUGCCAUCAACUGCGGUUCAGAUUGUUUGUACGUUUGUAUAUAAGCGCGAGUG